AUGGGGUCCGAAGCACGCCUGCUUUCAGCGGCUAAUCCACCACUCAGCGGGAGUUUUGAAUGCGAGUUUCUUCGAUGCACCACACAUCGAUGGCUAGGGUCUCGAGCGUACAAGCUGAACACACCUUUGAAUAAGUCUGCUGUAUUGCGACAGGCUAUUGAACGGAUUAAAGAACUGGAGGAGAAAAACAAACGUCUUCAAGCUGAAGUACUCAUGCUGCGUCGAUUGCAUGCAGUCCAUGUCGCCAAAUCAGAUUCCAACAGCAGUCCGGAGAGCGGUAUCUCCCUCGAUCCAUCACCUGUUUCAUCUAACUAUACCGGUCUCGAAUUCGGUCAUCAAUCUUCGCCUUCAGUUGGAGAAAGUUGUACGGGUAGUUUGUACAAUUUGAACGGGACAAUCCCCACCGCACCAAGUACCGCUUCACCGAAUAUAGGUCAGAUGGACAUAAAAGAUCCAAUGUGCCCAACCCCAUGGUCGUUCACCAUGAGUAGCCCGGACAAAUCGGACUCAACCGGGUUGUGCACAGUGAACAGUUGUGCUCCUCUGGACUCGUUACUGGACGACUACACAUACGAUCGUGUUUAUCCUUCCGGCUCGGAUGAGCAAUCUUUAGUAUCGAGGGAUGUAUCAACUAUCCAUUCAACCGGUUCUAUGAUCGACGCAGGAGAUCAUGGCUACGCUGUGGUUGGUCCGGGAUUUGUUCCAGUGAUGAACGCUUCUUUUGAGUCAACCGCAAAAGUCAAUGGUAAUCGGGGAAAGCGGUUUGGUUGUGUUGAUGAUUGCGGUCCAACCAAGAUUCGUCGUCAAUUAGUUCCCAGUUCUGUUCACAAUGGCAACCAAGUGUUUGUGGUCGGUCCUGACGCGGCACAAGCACAACACGGAGUCCCACAACUACAUAAUUCCGUCACAGAUCAAUUUCACCCAACCGGGGCUCGAAAUGAAACACUACCUGGUGUGCAUCGAGUCCUGUCUCAGGUUCCCAACCAAAUCGGACCAAACGUGCUGGUUUGCCGGUCAGGCACAUGUAAGGGCGAGGAUGCACACGAACGAGUCGUGUCGGGGUCGGCUGGUGGUGGGUUCCAUGACCUGGCUGCAAGGACCACUCUGUGCGUCUCCGCUUUGUGUCUAGUCGCACUGGACCCGUCCGUAUUGACCGCGUCCGGCGGUUCCGAUUCACAAGGCACCACAGGUACCGGUACGGCUCGGCGUUUGCUCACAAUAUCCUCAUCCUCAUGGACUUCGUCGUUUUCGUCGUGGAUGAACUGCGUACUCUAUCUUCUUCAGUGGGUAGUGGCUUUGUUCCUUUGUUUCUGGGCCUGGAAACGUGGUGCAGCUGGGCGACCAUCGCGGCGAUGGAGGCGUUCCGUAAAUUCUGUGCACGAUCUACCAACUGCACGUGCGCACUGGGUCAAAGCAAACAUGGCUAUGAAUCAGAGUGCAAUCACAACGUCGGUGAAGAAUUUGCAUCAAUGUUUGGCUGACCUUGCCCAGCCUCUGCCACCGUUGUCAAUGAAACAAGGAUUUCGGAAUGCAUUAGCCGGUUGGUUCGGUUUGUCCUUGAGCGUCGCCAACCUUGUUCUCAUUCGCGUUCCGUGUCGCCUCUGUCAACUUGCAUUGACUCGGUUGACUGCUCGCUGGUUUGCUGCCAAGCCUCCAGCCGCCAUCCCAUCCCCAGGCUCUGAAGUUGCCUCGUUGACCGUACCGGUCGUGCGAUCUCGGCUGUUGGAGCUAUAUUUGCUUGGUGAGUAG